AAAUUAAUAAUUAUUUAAUUUCUAAAUAUAUAAAUUUUAUUUUAAAAUUUUCAUACCUAAAGUUAUAGUGAAAAUUAGUUUCUCUGAAAAGCAUAAGGGGGGGAGGAAGUAGAAGAUUUGGCUCUAAAUAAUAUUGGAAUCGUAAGGGUUGGUUAUUAAUUUCGGUGUUUGUUUGGUUCAGAAGUUAAAGUUUUAAUUUUGAGACUAUAAUUAUAGUUAUAAUCUUGAGAUUAUCAUGUUGUGUUUGGUUUGUGUAUUUUGAUUUAUGUGUAUGAUUUUGAUCCUAAUAUUUGAGUUCAAGAAUUUCACAUUUUAGUUAUAAAUUACUCUAUUAAAGAUAUAGUUCUUCUUUUUAGCGAGUUGGGUUAGGAAGCAUAUUGCAAUUUGUUUGGAAUUUGCAGAGUGAGUAAAAGAUUGGAUUUUUUUUUAUUUUUUUUGUUAAUCGUUGUAAAAGACAGGAUUUUUAUCUAUUAGUAAGUGUUUUGGGGUCAGGAUACUUCAUUUUUACAUUCUGUUUAUAUCAGGAUACUUCAUUUUUACAUUCUGUUCAUAUGAAUUCAGAUAAAGGAAUGAUGUGGUUUCAGAAUAGUUGAGGUAAGAUGCCUUGAUUUUUCUUUUUUUCAUUUAUAUAAGCAUAUCUGGAUUUGAGUUGUUUUCCUUGGAAGCUCUAUAUGGUAGGAUCAAGGUCAUGUUGAGACUUUAAGUCAUUUAAUGUAUGAGUAGUUUUAGGUUUUCUGGUUUAUGCUUAUGUUGUAUUAUUGUGAUGGUUUUGCUGCUUUUUAUGAUUUGAGUAUAUGUAACCCUUAGAUAUAAAGUUUUAUGACUUAUUUAGUGUGAAGUGGGGGUUGCUUGUAGCCGAUGGUUGAAUCGAAUGUACUGAUAGCAAAACACACACAGGAGUAAGUCCAGUGGCAAAUUAAUUUUGGCUGAAAAUGCUUAAUAUCCUCUGUAAAUGUUUUUGUGCUGAAGAGGGCUUGUUUUCUGAUCUAACACCAGAAAAUUGAUUCCGAAGAAGGUAUACAAAAAAUGUUAUGUUAUUUUUUCUUUUUUAUACAAAGAAAGAAAGGUUCACUUUGUUUCAUUUCAAGGUAUAUCAAGCCCAAGUGUUCUGUUUUUAGAUACUUAAAUUUUGUCCUGCUCGCCUUUUGGCUUAAAAUUUUGGUUUAAAUCUAUUGUAAGCUGUGUGCUAUAUAUGAGAUUUUGGUUUCUGCUCAUGUGCUAUUUUAAAUGUUGGGUCUUUCAAGGCAGCAACUUAUCCAUAUGUGUAAGUAUGUGCAGAUAUGUUCAGUUUUUGAUCGAAAAGCGAAGAGAGGACUGUUAUGAAAUUGGUAUAUAUUUUAUCCACUUAUCGCAUCUGUGUGCAGGUUAUGUUUUGAUAGGGGCCUUUCACUUUCAGAAUAGCAAAUCUGGAUUUCUAUGUCGUUUCAAAAUGUCGAGUGAAAAUGUAGUUACAUACUUAGUAAUGCAAGCCACAUUCCACUUAAUGGCCAAUGAGUUCUGUUGAUAUUUUUUGGUUAUUGAUACUUCAUACCUUUGUUAUGUUUUAUUUUCUUGGUUAAUGAUCUGUCUGUUUGUCUUAGGUCUAUGCCUUGGAUCAGUAUGCAUAUACCUUUUCGUUGAAUAUUUAUAAUCGGCAUCCUUUUAAUGUUUUGUGCAACAAAUAGUUGAGUCUGACACCCAAGGGUGUCAUCUAGUGGUCAAUAAAGUGGGUUGAGAACCAUGAUAUCUCAGGUUCAAAUUCCAGUAGAGACAAAAACACUAGAUAAUUUCUUCUCAUCUGUCCAAGCCUUGGUGGACAAAGUUACUUGGUACUCUGAUGGUGGUAGGUGGCAUGUAUCCCGUGGAAUUAGUCGAGUGGGAGCAAACUGACUCGAAGAAGAUAGUUCAGUUUGCACUUAAUUGUUAUAUUAGUACUCCUAGAAAAUUAUUGAAUAUAGAUCGCAUUUGCCCAUCUUAGAAAUUUUUUAAUCCAAACUUCAAAAGUUAAUUACAUUAAAAAAUGUUUCCCAAUAUGUUUGAUCGCAUGUUUCAUCAUCAUGAACUGUUAUCUCUAAAUGGAAAUAUGAUAUGCUGAGAUUGAUGCACUCUAGGAUUUCCUCAAUUUGAUUAACUUGAGGGAUGAAAGGUCUUGUUCCCUUCCUCUUGGUUUGUAUGAAUAACAUAUGCCAGUUCCUCUCUAUAUAUUAAUCCUUAAUCUGGAAUAACCUGUUCUUUCCGAAUAUGCCAAUUUAAGGCUAAAGACUUUCUUCAGCUCAUAGUUUUCAAUUUCUCGUACCAUAAAAGUUAAAUAUGUAAUGAUAUUUUACAGAAAUGAAUAUGUAUGCAAAACAAAGAAGCUGUAUUUUUAAUGAAGACCGCUUGAGUAGACUACCAGCAUCAGAUGUCAUCCCUAAUCCAUAUUCUCUCCUUAUUGCCAUCAAAAGCUGUUGUCAAACAAUGUUAAUUAGAAGAUUUCAUCACCUCUAGCCAUUCAUCCACACACUCACUUUUGAUUUUGUUUCCAGAACAUGACUGUGACUUCGCAGUAAGAGCCCAAGUCUUCAUAAGUUCUGCCUUGAUUUUCAUUUUAGCUCAACUCAUUCAAUUCGGCAAUGAGUAUCCAGUAGAACAGACAUAUGGCAGAAUGAUCUUCUGAGGACUGAGAAAAGGAUGCUAAAAAAAUUGGUACCUGGAUCCAGUUUGCAUUAAAUAAGAUUUGAAGAUCCUUGACUUGUCAUUAUUUGUCCAUGGUAUACUUGACCACAUGUUUAUAUGAUCUGUAUAAUUGUGUUCUAAUCAGUCCUCAUUUGAUUGAACUCCGUUUGGUAAGAUAAAUACAAAAAAGAGACUUGAUUUCUCUCUUCUUUUAUGUAUUUAUCAAAAAAGAUAUAUACAAAAAAGAAGAGUGAGAUCAAGUCUCUAACAACAGUUUCUCUUGAUAACAUUAUACUAAUGGAUCAGUCAAUGGAUUAUAUUCUAUAUGGUUUCCAAAUUCUUGAGGAAUUGACGUUGCAGUUUUGCUAUGGCCAUAGAAGAGUGGUUCUGCUCAAUUUGAAUUUAAAGACAUUGGUACUUGGCAUUAGAUGGUUUGUAACAAGGACACAUGUCUCCUGUCCAACUCUCCUAUCAUUAAAUAUGUUUGAAACUGUGGAGGUCAGAGGUCUUGGAUAUUACAAAUGUAGCAUCUAUUGUUUAAGUGUCUGUCAAUUGUAUGGAAGAAUUUGGCUUCGUAGAGUACAGGGAUUACCAAGAGAGGAGAAUAUUCCUCCAAACUAUUACGGGGGCCAAAUGUCUCAAGCUACGUUCCUGGUUUGCUAUGUACACACUUCUCCUUUUUUCACAACUUCUCUGGUAUAGUUAUGAUUUCUGACUCUAUUGAGAGAUAACUUAAAAGGUGAAUUUACUAACUAUGACUUUUCUAUUCAAGAGGUAGAAUAUCAGUACAUUUAUGGACUAGAGGGAUUAUGGUGUUGGAUAUUGUCUUUAAUGCCUCAGGUUUUGGCAUCUACCAAUACUUCAUGUACAGUAUGCAAUCAGUGUUCCAAUGCUUUUGUUGCUUACCUUGUGGUAGUCAGGACAAGUCCUAGUUGAUCAUGACUUUGGUUUUGUGCUUCUCUACUUCUCAUAAGAAAAAUUAUGGGAAAAGGAAAGAUUUAUUUCAAUGUCAUCAGAAUAACCCCCCUCAUGCUGUUUUCGUAAAACUCAGAGUGGUAAAUAAGACAACAUGAUAUUUCCUACAGCAUAGUUGGCAUAUUUUUGCAUGUAUAUUGUAUAGUGAAGCUUUCACAUUUUUGUGAAACUCAGAAUGGUAGAUAUAUCAGUAUAAUUAGUUGGUUACUUCUUCAAUGCUAGACAGUAAAAACUCAAAAAUAUAGUGAAGCUGUCAUAUGACUCUAGGUUACUUCUUCUAUGCAAUUUUUUUUAAUUUUUAUGACAAGGGAAACCCACAGUUGCUACCCUUUUGGUGCGCACAGGGUAAUGCAACAGCUUGCAAAUCACAUAGGAGAGGUAACCUGCACUGGGCAAGCCUGGUGCAACGAGCUCGACCCAGAAGGCAAACCUCUUGCUUUCGCUAACAAGGGGUUCAAACGUGAGACUUCCAACAUGGAAGUCCCAAGCUCAAACCACUGGGCCACCCGGAAGGGUCUUCUAUGCAAUUUAGAUGGCUAAUUUUCAUGGUUCAGUAAGAAGUCUUUGCAUCACAUUCAGUUGAUGUAUUAUUUUUUGCUAUUGUAAGAAAUCCUUGAUGACAUUCUUUAUCAUGCCAAUUCCUAAGGAAGAUGGACCCUCCCUUGUUUUCUUGAUCAUUAAUAGCAUGUUCAUAGUGCAUAAUAUCAUUGCCCUUUUGUCAUAAUCCUUCGCCAACACCAUUUACUUAUGUUCUGAAGUACACUCCCAAAUUUGUUCAUCGUAUCAAAUGUGUUUGAGCUUAAUGUGUUUGAGCUUAAUUUGAACUUAAAAACAAUAUGUUUUCAUGGUCUAGAUAUGCAUUGUUCAACUAUAGAAGAUACUCAUGUUUCACACAGCAACAAAAGAAUUUGAUCAAUAUGAAAAUCUAUUUAUUUAGUUUAGUUUAUCUUGUGUUUAAUUUUUGUCUGCCUAGGUGUUCUCUUCGUGGCAAUUGAAAAGCCUACGAUCUCUGGCCUUCAGCGGCAAAUCCCUUUAUCUUCAAUUGGAUUUAGUGAAAUGGCACCUACCAGGAAUACUGAUCUUGCUGAAGCACUGUCCUUGCUUGAAGAAUCUUUAUCAUAAUAACUUCUUAUGAAUUUACAUUCCAUGUAUGACCAAAAAUACUUGUUUUAUUGCUCUUGUUGUUUUAUUGCAUUCUUUGGAAUGUUUGAUUGGAACUUAUUAUCAGGUACACUAAAGAUUUGGCAACAUUUUGGUUUCAGACGUUGGCAAGACACUAACCAGAGUUGGUAUAACUGGGAUGUGUUGAGCACUGACUCUGGCAUUUUCAUGUUUUUUUUAUAUGAACAUAUUUUUUUUCCAAAUUUCAUAUACAUUGUCCCGACUAUGAAAUGUGUGUGUUUCUCUACUAUAUGGAAAUAGGAUGAUUUAUUAAUCUUCCUCUCUAUUUACUCAUUAUAUUGGGAAUCCUGAGAAACCAUCAAUAGAAACAUAUUAUAUCAUGUUUUUGCUAGUUCUCUGUUACUCUCCCAAAAGACAAAAACAGUAUUCAAAGUGGAACUAAUUUUCUGAACUUGUAUGGUUUUAUUACUUUAUAUGGAUUGUUUGAUAGUAACUAUAGAUGUGUUCUCAUCUUGUGUUACCCUAGCAAUUUGUAAUUUUUGGUCCCUAUCAGUGUCCGUUAUAUGCUCGGGUUUGUACAACUGUUGACGGGAUAUUUUCUCUCGUGCUUAUUUUAGAACACACUCUCAUGGAUUCGCCAUAUGAGUUUGAUGCGGAUGAAUAUUCGAAUGGUAGAUUCUCCUGUCCAGUGCUUGACUCAUCAUCUCAAGAAGGUGGUGGUAGCUGGUCAUGUAAUGAAGAAGCAGGUGAUUUAGUUUCUGGAAUAUUUGUUCGAGCAUUCCGUGGUGUUAGAGGAAGUGAAGAUAUUCGCGGAAAAGCAGGCCCUUUGGCCCAACUAAUUUCUUCUCUAAUGAAAGCACCAUAAGCCUCUGCGUCUGCGUCUGCUGUAUCGCGCUUCUACUGAGGUUGUUGUAGGCAUUGAUUCUAGAUCUGUUGUUGGUGAAGUUCGUUGUUGUUGAAAGUGAUUCCAGAUCUACUAUUCUGAUGGCUCUGUGUUGAUCUUGGCAGUAAGAAAUGAAUAUGUCUGCAAAACAAAGAAGCACUGUUUUUGACGAAGACCUCUUCAGUGGACUACCAGAUGCCAUCCUCAUCCAUAUUCUCUCCUUGUUGCCAUCAAAAGAUGUCGUCAACAUAAUGUUAAUUAGAAGAUUUCAUAACCUCUGGCCAUUCAUCCACACACUCAAUUUCGAACAAUGCAUGUGGCCGCGGCACAUAUGUGGCUGUUAUGCUCGAGGUAGUCGUCCAAUCUAUGAUGAGAAGUAUGUUAACUUCGUCCGUCAUGUGCUUCUUCUUCAUAAGGGCCCAACUAUUCAUAAGUUCUGCCUUAAGUUACAUUUUAGAUCAUUUUAUGAAUUUUGGCAAAGAACAUCCGGCAGAACAAACAUAUGGCAGUAUGAUAUCCUGAGGAGUGAAAAAAGGAUGGCUAAUGAAAUUGGUACCUGGAUCCAGUUCGCACUAAAUAAGAAUUUAAAGGUCCUUGACUUGUCUUUUUAUGAGCAUGGUACAGACCACCCACAUGCGUUUUAUGAGCUGCCUAAUUGUGUUCUAAGCUGUCCUCAUUUGGUUGAACUCCGGUUGACAUACUGUAAGAUAAAUUUAAAGAGGAACAGUGAGCUCAAGUCUCUAAAAACAUUAUAUCUUGAUAAUGUUUUGCUAAUGGAACAGUCAAUAAAUUAUAUUCUAUCUGGUUGUCCGAUGCUUGAGGAAUUGACGCUACAGCUUUGCUAUUCCCGUAAAGGAAUGGUUCUGCUCAAUUCAAAUUUAAAGACAUUGAAGCUUCACAUUAGAUGGUUUCAACAAAGGAUACGUAUCUCCUGUCCAACUCUCCUAUCAUUUGAUAUGUCUGGAGCUGUGGAGUUGCUGGAUAUUUCAAAUGUAGCAUCUAUUGCUGAAGUAUCUGUCAAGCGUAAUCUAAUAUUUGACUUCAAUGAGGACAAUAAUUACCAAAACAUGAGUAAAUUCCUCCAAAUAUUUAGCGGGGCCAAAACUCUAAAACUAUGCUCCUGGCUUGCUCUGGCAUUUUCUAUGUGGCAGUUGAACAAUCUACCAUCUCCAACCUUCAGCUGCAAAUCUCUUCAUCUUCAAUUGGAUUUUGUGAUAUGGCACCUACCAGGAAUACUGAACUUGCUGAAGUGCUGUCCUUGCUUGGAGAAUCUUAUCAUCGAAAUUACUUCUUACGAUGAAUUUACACCCUACAAUGCACUCUCCUGGAUUCACCUAUAUGAGUUUGAUGCUGGUGAAUAUCGGAAUAUGGUAGAUGUUCCUGUCCAGUGCUUGAUUGAUCACCUCAAGAUGGUGAAGGUAGCUGGUAUCGUAAUGGAGAAACAGAUGAUUCAGUUUCUGGAAUAUUUGCUCGGGCAUUCCAUGGUGUUACAGAAAAUGAAGAUAUUUGCAAAAAAGAAAGCCCCUGGUAAGGCUUAUGAAACCUCUAACCCAAAUAGUCUUAUAUCUGGUAAGGCUCAUGAAACCUCUCACCCAAAUAGUCUUACGUCCGAUAAAGCUUCAACCUCUAACCCAAAUAGUCUUACAUCUGAUAAGGCUCAUGAAUAUAAAGAGAGGCUUCUGAAUGCACCAAAAGCCUCUGCCGCUGCUGCAGUCUUCUUCUACUGAGGCGAACCCUUCAGACGUAUUUAACAGAUGCUUUAAGUUCGAACAGUUUGUUUCUGGGAACUCUCUUGCAAUAAACAGCUAGCUGUUAUUGGUAUAAGGUGUAAAACUCCUGAUAACAAUAUGCACAAUGAAUUGUGCUGUGGACACAAUUUCCUGCAUUUUCUGUAAUAACUGUUGAACGGCUUUCCUGUUGGAUGUUAUUAAGUUUUUCUUCUGUGAAA